AUGCCUUGGGUAUUUGGCUUCCCUCUCGACGCAGGAUACGCCAUUCGGAUUGGAAAGGAAUGCAAUCUCGUCAAGUACCCGAACCCGCGUGACUUCGACUACUUCGUCGCCGCAACCAGACAUAUCGCUUCCGCAGCACGAUGGGAGCAUGUACGAAGCUGCUGGGUGAAAGGAGAGAGCCAACUCGUGUACGGCGUGUACGUCGACGAGAGGUUUAGGAAGCAUCCCCCGAAACGCCUCGCAGAAUACAUGCCGAUUGAGGCCAAACCCGAGUGGUACCGCGCCGAGGAUUGCACUUACACCCCGUGGGAAGGAGAGCGGUGGUCUGGUACGUACGAGGGCGAAGAUGAUGACCUCGUUGACGACGUCCCUACGGACGAAGACGAAUACGUAGACGAGGACGAAGACGGAUACGGAGACGAAAACGAGUGGGACUACGAAGCCGAAGAACAUGGCAAGGGCGAGGACGAGCAGGAUGACCCUCGCGCCGGCGAAAGGGUCGUGCUGCCGAAGAGACAGCAUGGUGUCGACGAAUACGUCUCGCCCGGCCACUCCGAGAGAUAUGACGAGGCUGAAGGUGGCCGCGACGCCAAUAUUGCGUCUAUCCCCGUCCGCCCUGUCUCCGAACAAGGCGGCGUCGCCGCCAAUACGCUGGCACCUCAGUUUGGUGUGUUCACUCUGCUUCCAAUUGACUACCGGAACUGA